GUUGUUGUUCCUCGCACAGUUGCGAGUUUUGUUUUGUCGUCGGCUUCGUGCACCAUUUAGUGACGCUUCUCGCUUCACAUUCCCAUUGAGAAAUUGGUGCGAAAAACGCUUGGAUUUUGUGUAACUCGCAUAAUACACGAAAACUAGAGGCUGCACGGCUUGCGAACUGGUUCGAAAAAGUCGGCAGUGUCCCAAGAUUCAGGCAGCAAGCGGCCGCGCGAAAAGCCAGUCGCCGAGGAUUCGUCUCGUGUCUUGUGAACAGAGAAGUGCCCGCCGCCGUGACGGGAACUCUGUGAGGCUGUUCGGCUGUGAAGUGUGAGGAUUAGUGGAGGAAUUGUGUGUGAAUCUCGCGUCAUUUUGAAUAGAUUUUAACGUGGUUUCGAGUGUUUUGUGCUUUUAAUUGGCAGACGACGACCAGCUCUUGGCUUUCAAAAUGAACGGCGCUGGCAAUGUUGAAGGGGGUGCUGGAGGCGGAGGGAAAUCCAAGGCCGGCGGAGGGGCCAUCGAGAAAAUAUAUCAAAAGAAGUCGCAACUGGAGCAUAUCCUGCUUCGUCCUGACACCUACAUCGGUAGCGUUGAACACACGAAGGAGCUGAUGUGGGUGUUCAACCAGGAAGAGAACAAGAUGGUGCAGCGCGAAAUUUCGUUUGUGCCCGGUCUGUACAAGAUCUUCGACGAAAUCCUUGUUAACGCGGCCGACAACAAGCAGCGGGACAAAAACAUGACCUGCAUCAAGGUCGACAUUGAUGCAGAGAAGAACGUGAUUUCGGUGUGGAACAACGGCCAGGGUAUCCCGGUCGUAAUGCACAAGGACGAGAAGAUGUACGUCCCAACUAUGAUCUUUGGGCACUUGCUCACCUCCUCCAACUACAACGACGAAGAGGAGAAGGUUACGGGUGGCCGGAAUGGUUACGGUGCGAAAUUGUGCAACAUCUUCAGUAGCUCGUUCACGCUUGAGACCGCGACCAGAGAGUACAGGCGGUGCUUCCGGCAGUCGUGGGGGUCGAACAUGACCAAAGCAUCUGAACCGAAAAUCAAGGACUUCCAUGGCGAUGAUUACACGAAAGUCACCUUCUCACCGGAUCUGUCCAAGUUCAAAAUGGAUCGGCUUGACGAAGACAUUGUAGAUCUGAUGUCGCGGCGAGCGUACGAUGUGGCCGCGUCCACGCGGGGUGUCUCUGUCUUCCUGAACGGCAAGAAGUUGCCAGUGAAGAGCUUCAAGGACUACAUUGACUUCUACCUGAAGGAUUUCCGUGACGAUACUGGCAAUCCAUUGAAGGUAGCUUACGAAAACGUGAAUGAACGUUGGGAAGUCGCAGUGGCACCAUCGGACCGGGGCUUCCAACAAGUGUCCUUUGUAAAUUCCAUCGCGACAACCAAGGGCGGUCGGCAUGUCGAUCAUGUUGUUGACAACAUCGUUAAACAACUGAUAGAAGUGUUAAAUAAGAAGAACAAGGGCGGCAUCGCCAUCAGACCGUUCCAAGUGCGCAAUCACAUCUGGAUCUUCGUCAAUUGCUUGAUUGUUAACCCGACCUUCGACUCGCAAACCAAGGAAAACAUGACCCUACAGGCCAAGAGUUUCGGGUCUAAAUGCACUUUUACCGAUAAAUUCAUCACGUCCAUAUCCAGGUGCGGCAUUGUGGAAUCCGUCCUGACGUGGGCGAAAUUCAAAGCUCAGAACGAUCUGGCCAAAACGAGCGGAAAGAAGAAGGUGAACAUCAAGGGAAUACCCAAGCUGGAGGAUGCCAACGAGGCGGGAAGCAGAGAAUCACAUUUGUGCACGCUAAUCCUGACUGAGGGAGAUUCAGCCAAGUCGUUGGCGGUGUCCGGGCUGGGAGUGGUUGGUCGCGAUCACUACGGAGUGUUCCCACUGCGUGGUAAGCUUCUGAACGUGCGUGAAGCUACACACAAACAGAUCCUGGAAAAUGCUGAAAUCGACAAUUUAAUCAAAAUCAUUGGCCUGCAAUACAAGAAAAAAUAUUUAACCGUUGACGACCUAAAAACUCUUCGUUACGGCCAUGUCAUGAUCAUGACUGAUCAGGAUCAGGACGGCUCCCAUAUCAAAGGUCUACUCAUCAACUUCAUCCACACAAACUGGCCGGAACUGCUACGCCUACCGUUCUUGGAGGAGUUCAUCACCCCCAUCGUAAAGGCCACAAAGCGAGGCGAAUCACUCAGUUUUUACUCACUACCAGAAUUCGAGGAGUGGAAGAACGACACGCCAAAUCAUAGCACCUACAAUAUAAAGUACUACAAAGGUUUGGGUACUUCGACCUCAGCUGAGGCGAAAGAAUACUUCCAAAACAUGGAAAGACAUAGGAUCACGUUCAAGUACGACGGCCCCCAGGACGAUGAGAACAUUGUGAUGGCGUUCGCUAAGAAAGCUGUCGAUCAGCGAAAAGACUGGCUGACGAAGCACAUGGACGAAUGCAAACGAAGGAAACUGCUAGGACUUCCCGAGAAAUAUCUCUACACGAAAACUACGAAACAUGUCUCCUACUCUGAGUUCGUGAAUUUGGAGUUGGUCCUUUUCUCGAACGCUGACAAUAUCCGUUCGAUCCCGUCCAUGGUAGAUGGUUUCAAGCCAGGUCAACGUAAAGUCAUGUUCACCUGCUUCAAACGUAACGACAAACGGGAAGUGAAGGUCGCUCAGUUGGCAGGUUCCGUAGCCGAGAUGUCGGCAUACCAUCACGGUGAAGUGUCACUGUGCGCGACCAUUGUCAACUUGGCCCAGAACUUUGUAGGCGCGAAUAACAUAAAUUUGCUGGAGCCGCGUGGUCAGUUCGGCACGAGGUUGGCUGGCGGAAAGGACAGUGCCAGUCCUCGUUAUAUUUUCACUUUGAUGUCGCCGUUGACUCGUUUGAUCUUCCACCCGCAAGACGAUCCUCUACUCCAGUACGAAUUCGAGGAUAAUCAGAAGAUUGAGCCUGCUUGGUACAUUCCGAUCAUUCCAAUGGUUCUGGUGAAUGGAGCCGAAGGCAUUGGCACUGGUUGGGCGACCAAGGUUCCAAACUACAACCCCCGCGACUUGGUAAAGAACAUCAGGCUAUUAAUUUCCAACGAAGAGCCAGCUUCGUUACAUCCAUGGUACAAGAAUUUCAAAGGAUCAAUUGAUUACGUAACUGAAGGCAAAUAUUUGUCGAAUGGAAACGUUGCAAUCAUUGGCGACAAUAAAAUCGAAAUCACCGAACUGCCAGUGGGCACAUGGACGCAGACUUACAAAGAAAACGUUUUGGAGACGUUACUUCACGGAAACGAAAAGGUGAAACCCAUAAUCUCGGACUAUAAGGAGUACCACACCGACACGACUGUUCGAUUCGUGGUAUCUUUUGCUCCUGGUGAAUUUGAUCGCCUUCAACAAGAGGAGGGUGGUUUCCAUCGAGUUUUCAAGCUGACCAGUUCGAUUUCCACGGGCCAAAUGCACGCUUUCGAUCCUGCUGGUUGUCUGAAACGAUACAACACAGCAAAUGAGAUCCUAAAAGAAUAUUACGAACUCCGCUUGGACUAUUAUACCAAGCGAAAGAACUAUUUGGAAGGACAACUUCAAGCGCAAGCUGAUCGUCUCAGUGACCAGGCUCGGUUCAUCCUUGAAAAGUGCGAGAGGACGAUUACCGUUGAGAACAAGAAGCGCAAAGUAAUGAUUGAUGAACUUAUUAAACGAGGAUACCGUCCAGAUCCCGUGAAAGAAUGGCAAAGACGUAUCAAAAUGGAGGACGAUGAACCUGCUGAAGAGGAUGAGGAGGCGGAAGAAGAGGCUAGCACGAGCGCAGUGAAGAAAGAGAAGCCAGUAGAUCCUGAGAAGGCAUUCCAGAGGUUAACAGACGUGAAGAAAUUCGAUUAUCUCCUGGGUAUGUCAAUGUGGAUGUUGACGGAGGAAAGAAAGAAUGAGUUGUUGAAACAGCGUGACCAGAAACUCGCUGAGCUUGCUUCAUUGAAAGCAAAAACAAUUCAGAAUUUAUGGUUAGACGACUUGGAUGAAUUCGAGAAGAAACUCAAUGAAGUUGAAGAGAAAGAACGUCUCGAAGAACUUGGUUUGAACAAGAAGACAGCAAAGUCAAUGGCGGCCAAAGGCAAGGGAAUGGGAAAACGUAAGUCAGCGGCUAGCGGUAAUGAAAUCUACCCCUCACCGCAGGGUAUCAAAGUGGAGUUCAAAGUGACAGACGAUAUUGUCAAAAAAAUUGAAAAGGCCGCGGCUGCUGCUAAGAAAGUUCCUGGUCCGAAAAAGGAGAAGGUUGAUAAGACUAAAGGUGCCGGUGGUGAUGCAGAAAUUGACGAAUUUGACAAAUUGGUUGAAGGUGGUGCUGAUGGGUCGCCUACAGCUCUUAAGAUCAAGAAAGAGAAGGUAAAGAAGGAGCCCGCUGAAGGUGGUCCAAAGAAACGCGGUAAGAAGGCAGCAGCAGGUGGUGGGGAAGAUGGAAUGAAACAAACAAAAUUGAAUUUUGAAAAGAAACAGAAGGAAGUAGAGGAAGUCAUUCUACCACGAGAGCGACCUGGGCGUAGAGCAGCAUCAAAGAAAAUCGAUUACAAGGCACUACUCUCGGAUGAUAGCGAACCUGAAGUCGGCACCCCCGUUCAAUUUGGUUCUGACGAUGAAAUGUUCGACAAUACGGCGAUUAAAGAAGCUGAUCAUAUAGUUGACACUUUGUCCGAUAACGGCAGUGAUAUUGAAACUCCCGCUGUGAAAAUAGACGAUUCAGAAGCGGAUUCUUCUCCAAUCAAGAAAAAACCAACAAAAACAAAACCAUCAGCUAAUGGUAGUGCGAAAAAACCAGCACCCAAGAGGCCCCGAAAGAAGGCAGUAUCAGAGAGUAGUUCUGAUGACGAUUUUUUCAAGAAGCGCAAAGCAGUGUAAGGAUUUUAGAAUUUUUUAGUACGUGAUCAAAGAAGCGUAAACAAGUGAGCGACAGCGACUCAGACUUUGACUUGGCCGACUAAGAAUCCGGCAAGGAUUAAUUAAAUAAACUUAUCAUUUACAAUUUAAAUAUUGGGAAAUCUAAGAAAGUAUUUUAGCUAAAGUAAAUUAAACCAAUAUACAUCUAAAAUAAAAUAGAAACGUUAGAUUUAGUGAAUUAGAAACGGAAGGGGAGGAGAAACAAUAUGAAUUAGAGGCACAAAAAGAAGGAGCGAGAAAACGUGGAAAAGUUUUCAUUGAAUUCAUGGUAUCUGAAAAGCACAUUUACUUGUUACUUUGUAUUGUCCUUUGAAUCAUAAUUGAAAAGAAAAUAAUAAUAUUGUGUUUGUAAGAGUACAAAAUUGUGUAAAAGUCUUAAAAUUCAAAAGCUGACGACGUAUUAAUCCAUUGUGAAAAUUUAGGGAAAUCAUUUCGAAUGUACAAUUGUAGAGUUUUCAACUCCGAUACAAACACAGAAAUUUCUUCUUCUCCGCUACGAGUGGAAAAGACGAGAAGAGGGCUAGAAACAAUAUUCCGAGUAAUUUCAGAAGAACAGUUGAUGUUUAAGUUUCAAUAAUUAUUUUACUCGUAUUUAUAUGUUUUUAAGUUAUUUUAUAGCUUAAGAUAGAUGUAACAGAAUCGGUCGAUUUUCCAAUUGGUUCAUGUUCGAAAGUUCUAUAUUCUCUCGCUUUAUUUUAUAAGAUCGCAACAACUCAAAUCAUAUCCAGAAAAGAAUUUUGGAUAAUUAUAUCCUCAUUCGAUUGUUUCAAGAGUCUUUUAGAACGAGCCUAAUUGCAGGACCAUGUUAACUUGUUGUUGUGUCGAAUACAGUAAUAUCGCUCCAAACCAUUUUCGGUACAAAGCACUUGCUAUUUACGUGCUCCGUUUUAUUCAAUAUAAUUUUCAAUACCAAGUUUUAAUUCAAUACACAACUAAACCUAAUUAGGGAACUCAAUCAAAUUUUUAGGAAAAUUAAAGGCAAAAAUGGAAACAGCACCACCUGUUGAAAUUCAUUGACUUCUUCCUGAGAGGAUGAAUAAGUGAUGAUGACGGAGGGAGCUGGUUUUUAUCUUAUUUUUACGUAAAUCGCAUGAUCUUACAUAUAAAGUCCCGAAGUACGUGUUCCCUUUCGCAAGUCCGAAGUAGGUGUUCCCUUUUGCAUAUACAGAAAUCCAUUCGUUUAUAACUUAAAUCAUAGAUGUAGUUGUAUCCGUAUAUCCACUCAGUUCUCUGAAAUUCAUGUAAAUAUUGGGGAAAAUAUGUGAGUAAUAUUUUAAUUCACAAACAUUUCUUGUAGUUUAGUUUUUAUAAUAUGUAAUAUUAAAAACAAUGUGUACAACUUUU